UGCUCUCAAACGAACGCUUCAGUACGAAUUUAAACUUUUGCAAAUUUAAAAUGAAAUUUAUUUUGCUACGAUUUGCCAUAAUUUUGCUUGGCUGCGCAAUUGCCACGCGCGCAGCAGAAGAAAAAAAUUAUAAAUUUAUUUUAGAUGAAGUGUUUGCUGAAAAAGAGUCGGAAGAUGUUGGCAAAAUCAAGGUGGAACUGGUGAAAAGUGAAGAGGGCGUUGUAAUUAAUGGCCAAGCUGAACAACUUGUCGAUUUAGAUAACGAAUGGAAGGUAAAAAUUGCAUUUAAAAGUGCCGAGGAUGGCAAUCGCGAGUAUAAUUCACUGAUGGCCUUACCACCGAUGGGUGUUUGUGAUUUUAUGAAAUUUUACUACCGCAUGUAUAUUUAUGAAUCGUUGGUAAAAUAUUCGAAUGCUCCUUCGCCUUAUGUUUGUCCCGUUGUUAAGGAUAACUACAUUGUGAAAGAUUACCCUUUGAUUUCGGAUAAAUUUAAAAAAUUUCUACGACCAGGCUACCAUCAAAUCGAAGCGAGCUUGUACAACGGGGAUGAGGAGAAAAUGAAGUAUAUUAUUGAAGGUCAUGUCGUAGAAGAGACGGAGAACUAAAUAAAUCAGUUGUGAACAACAUUUUUAGAGCAAUAUUUACCAACUUUAUGUUUUCAAUUAUUGAA